GGCUAUGGGCAGACAGAGGCACACUCAGAAACAGUGCGGCAGUUUGAGGACACUCCUCACAACUGUUGUUUUUCUCCCUCAUAAUCAAUUAAACGGAUAUUUCAUCACAACACGUAACUAAAUUGGCUGCAGAAACAUCACUUCUUCCACUAGGAAUCGAUGCAUCCAUUGCUGCAGGCCAGGCAGGGAAAGAGUUAAUUGCCUGGAUUGUUUUGGAAGCAGCAAGCUGUCGGAGAGGGAGAGAGAGAGAGAGAGAGAGUAAAGGGUGAGGAAGAGGAGAGGGCGAGGGCUGGCUGCAGUCUCUUUGCCUCGUGACGGCGUCUGCAGCGUGAGUUUGUUUACAUCCAUCGGCAGCAGACAGAGCGGAGCAGACGUCCUCGGGUUGUGAACUUCUGCUACUCUGUUUGGAAGAUCAUCAGGACUGAACCUGGAUCAGCUUACUUCCUCCUUUCCUUCAUCCCAUCCAUAAACUAGAGGUGAACUGCUUUCUGGAGCAGCUGUGGAUCGGCGCAGAAAGAGGGGCACAUCACAUGGGAGUGUGUGACUGCGUGCGUGAGGGUGUGUGUUCAGGCCUCCUGCCGUCGCCCGCUCUUCCCGGACAGGCAUGGCGGGGGGCAGAGAGCGAGGCUCCCGGACACAGAGGCCGUGGUCGGUGUACCGGGCCAACACGUUCGAGCUGUCCAAUGAGAUGAUCGGCCUGGCGCUCGCAGGAAAUAGUCAGGACCCAGAUGAGCCUGUGCUGGAGUUCAGCGUGGCCUGCACAGACCUGGUGACUCCUGCUUUGGAUCGAAAACCCAACAGCUUUGUAGCAGUGAGUUGCACGACUCCACCACAGGCCUUCUGGACCAAACACGCCCAGACUGAAGUCAUAGAGGGCACCAGUAACCCCAUCUUCCUCAGCAGCAUUGCCUUCUUCCAGGAGUCCAACAUCAACCAGCAGACCCAGGUCAAACUGGCCGUCUAUGACGUCAAGGACCGCUCGCAGGGCACGAUGUACAUGUUGGGCUCAGCACUUUUUCCUGUGAAGGAGUUGUUGCAGGAGAGGAGCCACAGAUUACAGCUGGAACUGAGAUCAGCAGAGAACGAGCGGGUGGGGAACGUCACCAUAGCAGCGUGGCAGAUGGAGGACAGGGCAGAUCAGAGGAUGCCGGGUGGCCGUCUGCCAGACAGCAUCAAUGGCCGGACAGUGCUGCCUGUUGAUGAGAGCCUCACAGAGUCGAUGGGAGUCCGGAUCAAGUACGCCUCGCUAUGCAAAGACACCCUGCUGCGCUCAGUGUUUGGAGGCACGAUGUCAAGGAUGUACCGCUUCCCCACGACUGAUGGGAACCACCUUCGGGUGCUGGAGCAGAUGGCCGAGAGCGUCCUGUCGCUAAACAUUCCCAGACAGUUCGUCAAACUGCUUCUGGAGGAGGACGCAGCCAGGGUCUGUGAGCUGGAGGAGUUGGGAGAGUUAUCCCCCUGCUGGGAGAAUCUGCGGCGACAGAUUGUCUCUCAGUACCAGACCAUAAUACUCACAUACCAGGAAACACUGUCUGACCUCAAUGACUACAGAGGUCCAUCAUUCAAAGCCAGUAACCUGAAGGCAGAGCGGAAGCUGGAGUUCAUGCCAACCAACCUACACGUUCAGAGGAUGAGGGUGCAGGAUGAGCUGGGGUUUGAACACACGUAUGAUGUGGUAACAAUCGGGGCUCCAGCUGCUCACUGCCAGGGUUUUAAAAACAGCGGUCUGAGGAAACUCAUCCAGAAGUUUGAGGAGGCAAAGAAACACGUAUUUGAGGAGGGAUGCAGCGCCCUCUCCAGCUCGCAGUCCAUCGUCUACAUACCCCAAGAUAUCGUCCGAGCCAAAGAGAUCAUCUCCCACAUCAACACGCUGAAGACUCAGGUCAGCUACUACGCCGAGAGGCUUUCCCGAGCCGCCAAGGACCGAUCGGCCAGCGGACUGGAGAGGACGCUCGCUAUUCUGGCUGAUAAGACUCGUCAGUUGGUGACGGUGUGCGACUGUAAGCUGCUGGCUUCAGCUAUUCAGGCCCUGAACGCAGCACGGCCCGAGUACAUCGCCUCCAAAUCGUCUCCUUCCGCCGACUCAGAACAAGUAGUCCUCCGUAACGACCAGGACACGCUGCUAGCCAAGUGGAGCGGUCGCAACAGCCGUUCCUCGCUGCACGCAGACUGGCACGAAGAGGAGUGGGAGAAGGUUUGGGUAAAUGUGGAUAAGUCUCUGGAGUGCAUCAUCGAGCGUGUUGACAAACUGCUUCAGAAAGAGAGGAGACCCAGCGAUGCCAGUCAGGACAGCGCCCAGAGUGACCUGCAGGGCAGCGGCACUAAGAAAGGUGAAGAAAAGAGACGAGCUUUCUGGAUCAACCCAGGAAGUAUGUCACAGGAAUCUCCAUCAUUGCCAUCAUCAUCAUCAUCAUCACCUCCACGAUCACCAUCACCACCACCAUCCUCUCCCUCUCUGUCCGCCCUCUCCUCUGCACGUCCUCGCAGCCCUGAACAAGAAUCCUAUGGAAGCCCCGGUGCUGAGGAGGCGUACCCAGGUGAGUGGAGCGAGGCGUUGUACCCCCUCCUCACCACGCUCACAGAGUGCGUCACCAUGAUGAGCGACAAGGCCAAAAAGUCCAUGGUCUUCUUGCUGAUGCAGGACAGCGCCCCGACGAUAGCCAUGGACCUGUCGCUGCAGUACCGCCGCGACGUCGUCUUCUGCCAGACGCUCACAGCUCUCAUCUGUGGCUUCAUUAUCAAACUGAGGAACUGUCUCCGUGACAACGGAUUCCUCCGACAGCUCUACACCAUCGGCCUGCUGGCUCAGUUUGAGUCCCUGCUCAGCACCUACGGAGAGGAGCUGGCCAUGUUGGAGGACAUGAGCGUCGGCAUCAUGGAUCUGCGUAAUGUCACCUUUAAGGUGACACAGGCCACCGGCAGCUCGGCGCCCGACAUGUUGCCCAUCAUCACUGGGAACCGCGAUGGCUUCAACGUCCGCAUCCCGCUGCCGGGAACCAUGUUUGACGCUUUACCGCGAGAGAUCCAGAGCGGCAUGCUGCUGAGGGUUCAGCCGGUGCACUUCAACGUCGGCAUCAACGAGCAGCAGACGCUGGCUGAGAAGUUUGGAGACACAUCCCUGCAGGAGAACAUAAACUUGGAGAGUCUGUCCAGGCUCAAUUCAUACUACGAACAGUUCAAAGAAGUCCUGCCUGAAGACUGCCUCCCGAGGUCUCGUUCUCAGACCUGCCUUCCUGAGCUGCUGAGGUUUCUAGGGCAGAACGUCCACGCCAGGAAAAACAAGAAUGUGGACAUCCUGUGGCAAGCGGCCGAGAUCUGUCGGCGGCUGAACGGGGUUCGUUUCACCAGCUGCAAAAGCGCCAAAGACCGCACGGCCAUGUCUGUGACCCUGGAGCAGUGCCUGAUCCUGCAGCACGAACACGGCAUGGCGCCGCAGGUCUUCACGCAGGCCCUUGACUGUAUGCGCAGCAUUGGGACAAGGGAGGGGGUGAUCCAGAAGAACCUGAGCGGCUUGCUGCCGGUGCGUGACUUCCGGCUGGACCCCAGCCUCCUGUACUCGCUGCCCCUGCUGGCCCUCAGCCCCAACCUCCUGGUGGUGUGGAUCUUCCUCAGCGUGGCCUAUUUCCUGGCCAAACUCCGCUGCAGCUGAACGGCCACCAGCAGCUCUCUGCGGGGAGCGACUGACUGAGUGCAAAACGUAACGCACGUCCACGUCCAACAUUUAUGAGGAGGGGUGGGAAAACCCCACACUGACUUCCGAGGGUGUUUGUGAAACUGUGCCACUGUCCUGUGAGUGUGUGUGUGUGUGUGUAACUCAUGCACACUAAUACUGUACAGUAUAUACACACUGUCCCACCCUGACCAAGGGCUUUACGCAACUAAUGCCCCAUCGAUCAAGGGCCACGCCCCUCUUUGGUUGUUUCUUUUCUUUUUUUCUCUCUCUCUUUCCAGCUUGGGAAAAACUUAUCAUGGUUGGCAAGUCUCAGUAUAGAUAUGAUGAUUACCUUCCAUAGAUUUGACAUUGAGACUACAUCCACAGUAAUCUGGCUAAAUGUAAAGAUUCAGUUUAUUUGUGUGUGUGUGUGUGUGUGUGUGUGUGUGUGUGUGUGUGUGUGUGUGUGUGCCUGUGUGUGCUUAGGUCGUAUUUACAAAGAUCUCAUCCACGCUGAAAGGCAGAAUUCUUUGGAAAAUCGUCAAAUCUUUUUCCUUUUCUUUCAACUGUGCAUCACAACUUCCAUGUGCUCAGUCCUCUGUACUGCCCCCUCCUGCUCUCAUACCCACUUAUACUGUGUUUUAAUACAAACUAAUGAUGUAGUUGGUCUGAUUCCCAUAUUGUUUCUGUUUCUGUCAGCGGUGAUAAUACAGUACAUUUACUCAAGUACAAUUUUGAGGUACUUUCUUGAGUAUUUGCAUUUUAUGCAAAUUUAUAAUUUUACUGCUCCACAUUUAUCUGAAAUAUGAGGUUAUUACUUAAAUAUGAUGCAUCAUAGAUUAAACUUCCCCAGUGUUUGAAGUCUCUCGAUCCAACCAGCUGUGUCAUUAAAGUGCUGCAUCAGUAAUAAUAUUACAAUAAUAUGAUAUAUAGCCUGUAGUAAUAUAACACCCUGAAAAGAGCCAUCUUGCCCAAUGAGUACUUUUACUUAAAAGUACAUUUUGCUGAUAAUACUUUUGUACUUUUACUUAAUGAUGAUAAAAAUAAUAUUCUUACACAACAUUAUUUCUACUUUAAGUAAAACCUCUGAACUUUACUGCCAUAUAACCCCCAGUCAUGACUGAACAUAGACGACAUCACACUUUUCCCCCAUCCACACAAAAGAGUUUUUUUGUAGAAAACGCCAAGUCUGUGUGAGAGAGAGAGAGAGAGAGAGACAGAAAGCUGUGUUCAAAUUCAGCCGGCUUAGUGUGAAUAUAGUCCCAGUCAUUUCAUGUGAUUGAUCCUCACAUAUAAAACAAUGUGGCCUAAGUAACAGCUGUAUUAAACAUCUGUUAAAUACAAAGACCAAAAUGUUCAGACUCUGAAAAAGGUCUGGAUGAUUAUAACAGUGUUCCUGUUCAGAGUGAAUAAGAAUAAGGAGGAAACUUUACAUCAAAUCUAAGUGGAUCUUCAUAUUUGUAGAGGACAGCGCCCUCUAAUGGGCAGAUUUUGCUCCACCCUUUAUGAUCGGUGUGACAGUGCGUGCUCUGCCUUAUAACACAAAGUGACAGUUUGUAUAUUUAUGAAAUUACCCCUGAGUUGUGAAUAUGUAUAAAAAAAAUAAGCAGACUGUUUGCUUUCAGGAAAGAGUUGUUGUUGAUAGUAGCUAUCAUGAUGGAAAAAUAUCUAAUUUAUACUUUAAGCUUUGCACAAACAGCUGGCUUGUUUCAUUUGUGCAAUACAUUUAGCUCGUUCGUUUAUCGUUGUCUUCCAUGUGUUAUUGCACUUUCCUUUGCAAGCUAAAGUGGAGGAAACAGAAGCUUUUAUUUGGUGCCAAAUUAAGCAAGUAUACUUUGGCUAAUAUAUCUAUAUUUUCAGGCAGUGUUUGCUCCUUUUAUUUCUUAAGGUCUUCCUGCUUUUCUAGACAGAAGGAGGUUGUUUGCUUCUUCUUCAGCCUGUGCACUUUCCAGUAGAUCUGGGUCAGUUAUUAAGUUUUCCCCUAUAUGACAAUAGUGGAUAAAUUGAGGACUAAAGAAUCUGAAAAUGUUGUUUUUAUAGUCAAAGAUAAAUGAAGUGAACUCAUAAAAACAUCAGCCAGACUAAGAUGAUUAUUCCAGGUCCAUUUCAAUGAAAAAUUUAUUUUCCUUUGCUGCAAACAAGAAGCCUUUUAAAUGCCUUGCAUACCUACCAUGAGCAGGCCAAAAACCCCAAGAAUGAGGCCCCGUGACAACAUGCAUGACUUAUUUCCUACAGACAAGGAGCUGUGUGAUUGAAGGGCAGUACGUGCAUUUUCCUGUGUAGCAAGUUGUAGCAGAAAACAGGCAAAUACCCCCCUUCAGCUUUACAUCUGCACACUGUGUCUGCACUGUUGUACUUUAGAGUUUUAGUGUGUCAGGAACCUGAGACCCUGCAGGCGGAACAAUAUCGUGGAAGAAAAAAGCUUCUCGUAAUCAAUGACGCGCUCCUCAGGUGUGUAGAGGUCUAAUCAACCAAUAUCAGGAAUCUUUUACUGCAGCAUCUGCAGCAAAAUGACAUCCAAAAACAAACAAGGAAUCAAAUGAAAGUCUACGAUAACUGUUCAUUCAUACAUUUUCGUUGCCAUUCCUGUGUUAGAAGAGGCAGGAUUUGCGGUCGCUUCCACAUUAUUCACAUCAGAUGCCGUUGGACUGUUCGAGCCUGGCUCAGCUGGUAUUUAUGGGUUCAGUUCAUUUGCAAAGGCUUUUACACUUUCCGUCUCCUGAGAUCACGUGUCAGGGCACCUUAUCAGAUGCAGUGAGUCAGUGAGUCGGCCCACGUCUGCUCUUCAGCUUUCAUGCCAAUGCAGUGAAGAUUAGCUUUGUCUUGCCAAUUGACAAAGUGAAAUCUUUGUGUUUUAGGAUGCAGUUUCUAAUUGGCUAAUGUUGGAAUGUAUGACUGUAGGAUAUUCAGGGGAAAUGUGUGUGAUUAUGCAGUGUAGUGCAGUUGUAUCUACACCCUUUAGAGCAUUUAUCUGUACCUGUUUACAUGUAUCCAGUUGUUGUUGUAACCACACACAAGACAAACCGGUACACAUCGCAGCUAUUAUAGUUAAUAUUAGCUUUAAAGUCGAGAUGUGUAGAGUGAAAAAACUGAUUUUAUCUGAUGGGGAAUGUGGCUCGUUCACUUUGUUGUAGUUAAGCUGUAAGAUGAAUGAAUGAGGAAUGUGUCGAGGUUUGUGCCAAAUGCUUUCGUCAGGUUUUUAUCAGGUAAAUUCAGGUUUGUAGGAUCUGUGUUUGCAAAGAGAUCCAGUCACAAUACAUGUGAUGUAUUUGUCUGAAUCCAGUUCACUCCCUGUUAAGUUUAUGUAUCCUAGAAACGAGUGAAAAAGGCAGUAUCAUGAUCCAGGUAGAAAUGUCUUUUUUCCUAAACGGGUAUUAAGUGAGGGAGGGGAAAUAUUGGCUAUCUUCAGGAUUCAUUGGUCAGAAGAAAUGUAUAUUUGCUGAUUUUUGUUAUAGAAGCAUUUACAUCUCUGUUGGUAAUAUUGUGUAGCUUAACUGCUUACAUCUCAAAGGAGGCACAUUGGGUCAGGGUUAGUUAUCCCUCACUACAUAUUUGUUUUUUUUAAUUAAUUUUUUUUCGGAAUAUUGUGUUUGUGUUGAAACUCUUGUUUAGAGCUACCUCUGUGAGACAGACGUUAGAGUAUAUGUUGAACUUGGAAUAUAAUAAAUACAUCAAAUAUACAUAUAUAUAUAUAUAUAUGUAUAUAUAGAUAAAUGCAUAAUCACUAAAUGACAUGAGGGUUGGAUGUGAGGAAAUGGUGGUUGUUUUAUAUGAAAUGUUGAAGAUGUGUUCAAGAAUAAGUCCCAGUGAAAUCAUAAUUUCAAUUUCCAAUACACUUAUGAUUAAUUCCCCAUAUUCAUGAGUGUAAUUACACUAAAGUGCUUCCACAAAUAUUUAUAAAAAACAUUAUAUCAUUGACCUUAUAGAGAAACAUCUCAAUUUUGCCAGUUUUCUUUUCUUUCUUUCUUUUUUUUAUUCUUAGGAGUCCAGAUAUAUCAGAGAAUAUAUUUGUACCACUGUAUAUAAGAAUUGUAUUUAAAUGCUUGUAUUGCUAAUGUUUGCCAAUAUAUAUAUAUAUAUAUAUAUAUAUAUAUAUAUAUAUAUAUAUAUAUGGAGGCCAGCAUAUAUAUAUAUUGUCUUAAGUUAAUCCAAAGCAGAGUAUAAAUAUAUAUAUAAAUCUAUACAAUGUGAUUACUAUGCUUGUGCCAUAACAGUCAUGCUGGCGUCACUUUAUAUCACAGCUCAAUAUGUCUGUGUGAUUACUGAAAGAUUUUUUUUGUAUUUUUUUGUUCGUCACAACUACGAACUGUUCAUUUAAUUAUACUAAACUGUUGACAUACUAGCAGUUUGCAUGUACUUUUAAACCCCUGGCCCUUCUUGUUGAUUUAAAUUAUGUUAAUAGGAUCAUAAAUACUAACUGCAAACUGUUAUUAUGUUAAAAGGGAAGUUAUUGCAUUUGCACUAAAUGUACCACGAACCCAAGAAAACCUCCACUCUGUGUCCUGAAAGCCGCUGUCCUCCUGUAAUAAAUGUUUUCUGCCUCCACCUGCAGGAUAUAAA